CUCUCCAUCUUUUCAUUCGUGAAAGAGGUUUUUAAUUAAAUUCGGUUUUAUUUAAGAUCUUCCAACUUCAGUUUUGCCGCCGGCAUGGAAAGAACUAUUAUUGCAGUAAAAUUUUCUGCGAAAAAAAGAAGUACUUCAGCUGGCUUUGUAAUGAAAAAAAUUGUUAUGGAAAAAAAGAUAAAAAUAGAAUGUUUACCGUGUGCAAUAGCGUUGGCGUUAAAUUGUCGGUUGGCAUCGAAGUGACCUCAUUCCACACCCAGUGCUCCUGAUGUACGUGAUCCCACCUGUUAUCAUGUGAUACCAUUUUUUUUUCCAUGGAGAAUUUGAAAUUCUUAUUUUACGAUAAUAGGGUAUGCUGGUAGUAAUAAAGGCAGAUGAACAAAUAACAAGUAAAUAAAUAAACACAGGUCGAAUAGUUGAUUUGUUCGGUUGGGCAUUACCUCGCCGCGUCUGGCUCUCAAUAAACUGCAUCUCCAAUUUUCAAUUUCACGUGUGUCUCCUCUAUUUUAACUGAAACGAGAAUUCGAAUUUGAAGCCUAUUUGCAUGCGUCCCGUGACGAUAAUCCCUGUGUGUUUUGGGUGAGAUACCAGUACUAUUGGCAUUGAGGGGGUGCGGAAUCGGGUGUAUCCAUCCCCUUUAGCACGGCGGCUCCAGACGGACGAGGCCCCCAGGCGAAACAUCGCCAUAGCAACACCCAUGUACACUAUUCCCAGCCUACCCCAACUAAAAUCAUCCCUCAGUCACCCUUUCCACCCUCUUCUGCCCUCACACCCUUCCACUCAUUGCUGUUACAGAUUUGCAUCGAUUUUCGGAUUAAUUUUUUCACGCCGACAAAGUGACACCACAAAAUCAAAGUUAAAUUGAGCACAGUUUCUUUGAUAAACUUGUACGACGCUUACAGUUGCCUGUCAGGAAGACUGAUAACACCCAUUUCGAGAUUGAGGCUGAGUCUAGCCGGAGAAAAGUUCUCAUUUACCUGUCUGGCUUCUAGUUUCGCCUGCCUCAUGGGAGAUGAGGGACAGAAUGCGGGUCUGACGUCGACAGAGUGUGCAUCAGACCGAAUUAAUUUGCGGAAAAGUUUAGAAACAAAAAUUGUCUCUCUUUCAAAGGUCAGGGAAAUACGACCCGCUUAACCCAGUACUGUAGAGAUUUCGGAGUGAAUUUGAUAUUUAAAUGGAGAGUUGGGGGAAUUCAUGACGAAAUCUGUCGACUAUUGACGCAUUUUCGAAAUCCCUGUUUCAUUUUUUUCAAAUAAUUCCAAAAAUAAUGGGAGAAAAUAGCUGUUACGCAAAUUGCCCUUGAUAGCGACUCAUCUAAUUUUCCUCAUGAAAUUCCCGUUGCUUACCAGAAUUGUCUUCACCCCCAGUGAACCGAAUGAUUGUCCUUCCCCCGAAUUAUGAGUAAACGACGAAGUACAGCCCCGAGGCGCAUCGGAUCGUCGAUUGCACUGGAAUAAAUUGGCGUUUUAUUGUUUGAGAUUACUGGAGACAUCCCACAUAGUUUCAGUCUACUCCUGCCACUGCUAGACUGCACAGUAAGAACAGAAGCUAGAAAAGAAAUCGGGUAAAGCGAUAAAGGAGUUUCCGAGAUAUCAGAGAUGUUGUUUCGCUUGGGUUUGAUAGUGCUAGCGACUGCACUAUUUUUACUGCAACCGGCUGAAGCACAGGAGGUGGUUACCGUGAUACCUCAGGUAUCCCAGAAUCCGAGUGAGUUAGCUCCACCAGUUGUUACCAGCACAAUCAGCACAGUCAGCACUCUGAAGCGAAACGACUGGUGGCCACCAAGUGCACAGGAUGUUGUCACACAAACGUCACCCUAUACCACUGAAUUACAACAUUCGAUGCCACCAACUUAUUAUGCACCCGCACCUUCAGUUCCUCACUACCGCAGCGAUCAGUGGACUCCCUACGGUUACCCUGAAUUUGGGUAUCCGGUUCUACCACCGCAUAAUAAUCAAAUUGCAGUGCCCACUAAAUAUAUGACUGUUGCAUUAUUCAUCGGACUUUUAACACUUUUUGCUAUUAUUCAAGGCGCUAUGACGGCUAGCAAACAGAGGGAAUCGAUAGACUCACUGCCAGCGAGAGAAAAACGUGAUUUGUUGAUUUCCGCUGAUUUUGACCACAUGACUCCGGAAGAACAGGAUAUCUACAACAUUGGCGCGAGGAUUCGCUGUAUCCAGCGGACAAUUUGCCUCGAGAAUCGUCAACUCGUGAGGGACUUGGGCCCCAUUGGUACUAAAUUAUCCGACUAUCUCACACGAAGCGUUAAGAAAUCGGUGAAGACAACAUCCGGCUGGGAUCGGCUCGUAGACGAUGCUGCCGCAGCUGGAGUUAGAGGCGAUGAUUGCAAUGUGCUUUACAGAGAUUGUCUGCUUCGCUGAUAAUGAUCACUGUCAGCAAUGGUAGUAACUGGAAACCAUAGGUAGAGAAAACAAUAAAAGCUUCA